AUGGGGGGUGCAAAGAAGAAAGGGGUGGUCGGAGCUGCAUCUCUGUGGCCCAACUGCUCAUACAAUCAUAAAGACCACAAUGAAGGCGCCCAUGCAGCUGCUAUUCUCACAGAAACAGCAGAGCUGAAGCAAAUUGCUGACCGGACCCAGGGGCUACCCCCCUGGGAUCUAUUCAUCCGGUUUAUGAGUUCAGUUGAAGAUCUUGCAGCAAAGGUGCACAACUGUGCCAGCAACAAUGGCAGUGAAAACCAUGAUGGCCAGAAAGAAGUACUCCAACAGAUCCAAGAUAUGUUUGAUAAGCAGACAGAGGAAAUGAAAGCUCUACAGUACUCAAUGCAGUCCCUGAAAGCAACCAAUAGCCCCCCAGCAUCUAACCCCUCCAGCCAUGCAAACUCUUAUCAGGAUGCAGCUCUAGCAAGUCACCUGACAUCAACAAAGUCCUCUUUGGUCUCAAACUGGAUGCAGGGCAAUACCAAUGGAUCCAUUGGCACAAAUGGAACACUAAGCACCUCUCCAAGCAACCAAGCAACCCCAUU